UGAUCAAAAUCACCAUGCUUGUUGUACAACGGAAAUAGUGAAAACAACGAUAACAGGAAAAGCGGAAAAAACGGAAACUACGAUAAUAAUGGGACCAGGAAAAGCGGAAACAGUGGGACUAGGAACAGUGAAAAAAGAUUU